UUUUUAAAUGUGAAUUUUGAAAUGAAAAAUUAUUAAAAGUGAGAAAUUUUUUGAAAUAAAAUUUUUUUGUGGAUUUGAUGAAGACAAAUUAAAAAGUUGGAAGUGCCUUAAAACAAUUUUAUUUGUGGAUAAAAAAUAAAAGAUUUAAGAAGAAAUUAAAAAUUAAAAGAUAUAAAAAAUUAAAGAAAUGAAAAUGAUGCAAUCACCGAUUUGUUCAUCUCCAGAACUUAUGGAUCCUAGAUUCAGUCAACUUAGACUUCCAGCGUCUGCAUCAAGUCGCAUAUUGUAUGACGUUCCAUGUAAGGUAUGCCGUGAUCAUAGCUCUGGAAAGCAUUAUGGAAUUUAUGCAUGUGAUGGUUGUGCUGGAUUUUUUAAACGUUCAAUACGUCGUAAUCGACAAUAUGUUUGCAAAUCGAAAUCCGAUGGACUUUGUAUGGUUGAUAAGACACAUCGCAAUCAAUGUCGUGCAUGUCGUCUUAAAAGAUGCUUUGAAGUUGGAAUGAAUCGUGAUGCUGUACAAUCUGAGCGUGGUCCAAGGUCAUCAACAUUGAGAAAACAAAUGGCAAUGUUUAUCAAUAAGGAUGCAGCAAUUAGACAUCAUGAGGCUUUCAUAAUGGCUGGAAUUCCACCACCGGCACCACAAAUGUUGCCAUUAGGACUUGAUUUAUCAGUCUCACGUCUCACAAAUCCAUUUCUUACACCAUCGCCGUACAUGUCGAACUUCCCAACAUCCAGUAGUUCACCCGCAUCAACACCACCACCUUCAUCAACGCCCUUAUUUCAUCAUCAACAUCAUCAUCAUUUAACAUCGUCUCCAAGUCACUCAACAACAGCAUCAGCUCAUCAUCACCUUAUUGCUGUUGAUGCGAUUCGUGAGUCGGCAGCACAGCUACUCUUCAUGAAUGUCAAUUUCUUAAAGAAUUUAACACCAUUCACACAAUUGCCACUUGCUGAUCAACUCUUAUUAUUUGAGGAGUCCUGGCGUGAAUUUUUCAUUAUGGGAAUUGCCGAGCAUCUAUUGCCAAUCAAUUUUACACAAUUGCUCUUUGCUUACGAGUUCCUUAACUCAACAUGCCAGUAUGAGCAGUCGAAAUCGAAGGUCUCUAUGGAGACGAUGAUACGUGAAAUUGAGGCAUUCCAGGAAGUUUUAAAUAAAUUUAUUCAGAUGAGGGUCGACAGCAACGAAUAUGUUUACUUGCGUGCGAUUGUUCUGUAUAAGACAGACUUUGAGAAUAAUAAUAAUAAUAAUGAUAAUAGCAGCAACAAGAAUGUUAAGAAUGGGAAGGAUAAGGAUAGCAGUCAGGAUGUGAUAACAAGUACAAGUGACGAUUCAUCAUCAGAUGUGUCACAUAAUAACUCAACGACGACAAUCAAGACAUCGUCAUCGGCAACAUCGACAGCGACAUCAUUGAAAGUUCUUGAAGAGUCUCAGAAGGUGAAAGCACUUGAGUCAAAUGCUAGAGACGCUUUGGCUGCUUAUGAACAAAGCUAUUAUGGAAUUGCACAUCACAUUCGAUACAAGAAUCUUCUCUCAUUGCUGCCAUCAUUGAAACUUGUAUCAAAUUACACAAUUGAGGAACUGUUCUUUAGACGAAAUAUUGGACAUGUUCCAUUAUUGAAACUCCUGAUUGACUUGUACAUGCAGAAGAAAUCGUCAUAAUGAUGAUGACAAUAUGUUCGGACCGGAUUCCGAAGAAAAAGAAUCAUAUGAAAAGUUUUAGGGGCCUUAAAAACUGUUUUUUUCGUCUGUUGCAAUCAAAAAUAAUGAAAAUUAUGUAAAUUAUUAAGUUCUAAUGAGAUGAUUAUUUAGGAUAGGACAUAAAAUAUGAGAAUUAGAGAAAAUUUUGCUUUAUAGAAUGUAAAGUAUAGUGUAGAAUAUAUUAAUUGUUAGGAUAUUAAACGGGG